AUGCUGGACUCUACCGACUGCCAGAUCGAGUGUCUUCUAUCGGCCUUAACGACUUGGCUUGUCAAUUCUCCUGUCGAGCUAUCCUUCUGGCGCCGCAUAGUCAAGCUGGGUCGCCUUUGUCAGCGUCAUCUCUGGUUUCCGGGACUCUUUCACAGUUCGGCAUCCCUUCCCCCAACCAUGGUCCGUCCACUUACAGCUGAGCAAUCGGUCACAUUCGCUUCAGUCUCACCCUCACCGGCAGCCACUGCUCUGUCGGCAUCAUCCGCCCCCAUCUCUACCUCCGUCUCCUCAAUGGCUCCCACCUCAGCUGGCAGCACAGUCGAGCCCGACUCACCGAGUGGCAUUCGGCAGGGCCGGUCUCUCCCGUCCUGCGGACGACUCGUGACGACGACCACCGGCACUAUAGCCAAUGCCAACUCAAGCUCUGGGCUGCGCUGGCGGGGCCCUCACAAUUCAUCGUCGUCCUGUCGGGAAUGCUCUGAGCUAGGCUUAGCGACCCACUCUUGUCAUCCUCUUGGAGUGCGGACUCGUGAACGUUCCAGCAUAGCUUUUCGCCUGCCUCCUCAUCUUUCUGUCUGUUCUCCCUCCACUUCUGCAUCAUCGCGGCGGGUGGUUCCAGGCUGUCUCAGUCGGAUCACUAACUUUCUCGCCGCAGGUCGGGACAAUUUUAGUUUUCGUCUGCGUCUUGUUACGGAUUUAGAACAUAAUUUCAAUUGCACAGAUAAUCACAGCAAAAAAACAUUUACUGCUACUUCCAAAGCUUCUUCAGUAUCCUCGUCUGGAGUAGAAUCUGACACUCAAUACAGUAAUUCUAUUGGUGUCAGCCUUUUCAACUCAGAUCGUCUUCCUAGGGUUGCUCUCUUCUUAUCUAUUCAUCCUCGACUGCCCACUCUGCAAGUGGGAAUUUGUGAUGCCUCCUGUACUAUCGAGUCAACUCAGCCUAAUCCAAAGUCUUAUUCUAGCAGGCUUGAAAAUCAGCAACCUGGAGCUGGUAAAUCCAUCACAGAUCGACUCUAA